UUAAGUUAAACUGUUUCUUGUCAGACCGCUUCGUACGUCUUCAGAGGGCCGGCGGAGAUAGAUGUCAAACAGUAGUUUAAGUUUAGUUUCUGUUAAGAGCGGCAGGGCUUUGUUAGCUCGACGGCUAACUUCGGUGAGCUAGGUACAACGUCACAGGCUGGUUAAGUAAACAACUCUUCCCGUUAAACGAGCUGCUCGUGUUACUCGUUUGUACCUCGAAUAUAUGUGCCCCUAAAGUAACAUGUUUACUCGCUUUUCUUUAUUUGUUUUAUUGUAAACGUGCACGUGGAUUUUAUUGAUUAGUGUGCAGGAAGUCUAGCGUUACCUUUUUAGUUAUUGAGCUUGUGAGUGCAUCGCUGUAUGCACCACUUAUAACACAGAAAAUGUAUAUUUGUCUGUAGGAAGUGUUGACUGGAGCUUUCCACGAGUUCAUGUGACUAUAUAAUCGUUAAAUCGAUUUAUAUUCUGAUGAUAAUCAGACUAUAUUAAAGAUAUGUCCUGAUCCUGGUCAAACCAGGGUCUCCAAAGGCAAUUCAAAGGCAACAUUUUCUACAGAUUUUAUUCAAGCAUCCUCUGUUUAAAAUGCUUCUGUGAAAACCUUUUCCCACUCUAAACAUUUAGCAAGACUUAGCAUUGAAUUUAUUUAUUUUUAUUCUGUGUUGGUCCCCCUGGAAUCAUUGUAAACAAAAGAACAACUCAUUGUUUUGGUACCCUAAUUUAAAGUAACUGUAAUAAAUCUGUGAUUGAAAUACUGAUUGGAUGCUGCACACUUGAAUUUGAUGAACUAGGGCACUGCUCAGCGGGGGGUGGGAUAGGCAGGUGAGCUGUGUCUAUAGUCAUCGUAUUUAGGGCAGUAUGUGUUUUCCCCUUUUUUUAUGCCAGCUCCUCUAUUUUCUCCUUUCCCCAUCCUCUGUGCUCCGGUGACGGCUCAGCAGACAGACGGGGCCUUCAGCGACAGUAGCUUUGACCCCAGUUUCUUUGCUGAAACUUCCAGAAAGGGUCCAGUCGUGUCCCGGGCCAACAGCAUCGGCUCAACGAGCGCCUCUUCAGUCCCAAACACAGACGAUGAAGACAGCGACUACAGGCACGAGACGUCGUAUAAGGAAUCGUACAAAGACCGGCGGAGACAAGCGCACACGCAGGCCGAGCAGAAGCGCCGGGACGCCAUCAAGAAAGGCUACGAUGACCUCCAGUCCAUCGUCCCCACCUGCCAGCAGCAGUCUGAAUUCGCGGUGGGAGCGCAGAAGAUCAGCAAGGCCACCGUGCUGCAGAAAACCAUCGACUACAUCCAUUUCCUCCACAAAGAAAAGAAGAAGCAAGAGGAGGAAGUUUCUCUCCUCAGGAAAGAAGUGAUGGCGCUGAAAAUCAUGAAAACCGCUGAAACGGCACAAAGUAAAAGCACGACCAACGCUACAAAACGUCCUCAAAGAAAAUCUCCAAAACGCUGCGUUUGGAUAUUUAAUAAUGAACUACGAGCACAUCGUGAAGGCCCACCAGAACAACCCCGAGCCGGGGGAGGACGAGGUGUCCGACCAGGUCAAGUUCAACAUCUUCCAGAGCAUCAUGGACUCCCUGUUCCAGUCCUUCAGCAGCAACGUCUCCGUGAGCAGCUUCCAGGAGCUCUCCGCCUGCGUCUUCAGCUGGAUCGAGGAGCACUGCAAGCCACAGACGCUGAGGGAGUUCGUCGUCGGAGUGCUCCGGCAGCUCAACGGUCAGCUUUAUUGACCGAGUGAAGCCCUCCUGGACUUAACACCCACAUUGACUUUGGGUUUCCUUCAAUCAGCCUCAGGCCACAUCCCAGUAUUCACUCAUCGGCUGCAAUCCCCAAAGCGUCCACCGGGGGGCAGCGAUGGACCGAGACGCUCCGAUGGGAAGUUAAGAAACGCAGGCGCUCGGGAGUAAAUCAUACGUAUGUUAAAUGUUUCAGAUUCACACGGCGGUGUAGUAGUGGUCGCAUUCUUUCAAGUUUCCCCGUAAAUAAAUCCACAAACGGAUUUUAGUUUAUCGAUCGUGUCGCUUCUGAAAUAUAAAUCGACCUCGCUGAUGGAAAGAGAGACGGGUGACGUCGUUCCUCCUCUGUGCAGUCGGGAAGAUGGUUAAAAAGCUAUUCCACCUUUUAUUGGGACAUAAAAUACGUGACAGAUUUAAGGAUCGUGUCUGCGCGUGUAUACAUCUGAUGAGAUUAUCAGAUUGCAGUUUACUCUUCAAUAAACAUUUCAUUAAUUGAAGAAAAUGGAACUUCAACCUAUUUAUAGAACGCAGAGAAUAUCAGCAAAUAUCUUUAAUGAAUCAUUUCUUGUUCGCACUUCAGCCUCAAAAGUCCUGAACGUUUUAAUAACUUGACGCAACACGGAGUGAAGAAGCCGAACAGAGGAUGAUUAACGAGAGGAAGACGACACGGCGACCCUCUAGAAUACCUGAAGUUAACUUAAACAGAAAGGACAACAGCUCUCAAAGCGAUCGUGACAUGUUCGUCGUACGCUGGAGGGAUUUAUGGCUUUAAGGGGAGAAAAUAAACCAAAGUUGCCUAAAAAGGCGACGAACAUCCGCCGCGUUGCCCGUUGUGACGUAGCGUGUUUUGUUUCGUGUACUUUCAAUCACUGGACGUUGUUUAUCUCGUAUUAAAGAUGUACCUUUUUGUUCAAGAGGAAAGCCGUAAAUAAAGAAUGUGCCGUGGC